AUGGGAGCGAAAAAAGAGGAUGUGGAGAAAUUUCUUCAAAGAAACACUGCAUUUGCCAAAGAGUAUUUCAGCAAGGCAAUGAGUCCAGGCUUCAUCUCAAAGGCCUCAGGACUUCCAGAGAACCAAGUGGACUUCAAUAAUUUUCAGCAACUUUCUCAGCUUGAAGAAAGCCAAAUCAUGUACGAUGUCAUCUCAGACAUGCAGGAAAAUGUUAAUAUGGAAAGAGUGAUCUUCAAACUCCUGAAAAGGAUAAGUGCUCUGAUCCAUGCUGACCGCUGCAGCCUGUUCAUGUACCGGCAGAGGAACGGCAUUGGGGAGCUGGCCACCAGGCUCUUCAACGUGAAUGCUCAGGCUCAGCUGGAGGAUUGUGUGGUUCCUCCUGACUCAGAGAUUGUGUAUCCCUUGGAUAUGGGCAUUGUGGGCCACGUGGCUCAGACCAAGAAAACUGUUAAUGUGAAAAAUGUUGCAGAGAAUCAGCACUUCAGCUCCUUUGUGGAUGAGCUCACGGAAUAUAAGACAGACAACAUUCUGGCCACGCCCAUUCUUAACGGCAAAGAUAUGGUGGCAGUGAUCAUGGCUCUGAACAAGACCACGGGGCCUCACUUCACUGACGAGGAUGAAGAUAUUUUUUUAAAGUAUCUAAAAAUUGCUAGUUUGAACUUGAAAAUCUACCACCUGAAUUACCUCCACAGCUGUGAGACACGUAAAGGGAUGAUGCUGCUGUGGUCUGCCAACAAAGUGUUUGAAGAAUUGACAGAUAUUGAGCGUCAGUUUCACAAAGCCUUGUACACUGUGAGAGCCUACCUCAACUGUGAUCGCUAUUCUGUGGGUUUGCUGGAUAUGACGAAGGAAAAGGAAUUCUUUGAUGUCUGGCCUGUGUUGAUGGGAGAGCAGCCGCCUUACUCUGGACCUGUUACACCUGAUGGACGGGAAGUCAUUUUUUAUAAGAUUAUUGACUACAUACUGCAUGGAAAAGAGGACAUCAAAGUCAUACCCACCCCUCCUGCAGAUCACUGGGCUUUGAGCAGUGGCCUUCCUACAUAUGUUGCAGAGACUGGUUUAAUUUGCAACAUCAUGAACGCCGCUGCUGAUGAAACCUUUAAGUUUCAGACUGAGGCCCUCGACAGCAGCGGUUGGAUUAUAAAGAACGUGCUGUCACUUCCAAUCGUCAAUAAAAAAGAAGAGAUUGUCGGUGUUGCCACAUUUUACAACAGGAAAGAUGGGAAGCCUUUUGAUGAUCACGAUGAACAGCUCAUGGAGGCUUUGACACAGUUUUUGGGCUGGUCUGCCUUAAACACAGAUACCUAUGACAAAAUUAACAGACUAGAAAACCGGAAGGACAUUGCGCAGGAUAUGGUGCUCUACCACGUCAAAUGUCGUAAUGAUGAGAUCCAGAACGUACUCAACACCAGGGAGGUGUUUGGAUGUGAGCCCAGUGAGUGCGAAGAGGAGGAACUUUUACAAAUUCUGAAAAAAGACCUGCCACCGCUCAUUAAGAAGUUUGAGAUCUACCAAUUUCAUUUUUCUGAUUUCAACUGCACUGAGCUGGAGUUAGUGAAGUGUGGAAUCCAGAUGUACUACGAGGUGGGUGUGGUUAAGAAGUUCCAGGUCCCACAGGAGGUUCUGGUUCGUUUCAUGUACUCUGUUUGUAAAGGAUAUAGAAAAAUUACUUACCACAACUGGCGUCAUGGUUUCAAUGUGGGGCAGACCAUGUUUACUCUUCUUACGACAGGGAAUCUGAAGCGAUACUACACAGACUUAGAAGUAAUGGCCAUGAUAACUGCAGGAUUCCUCCAUGAUAUUGAUCACAGAGGGACCAACAACUUGUACCAAGUCAAGUCAGCAAAUCCUUUGGCAAAACUGCAUGGCUCCUCCAUACUGGAAAGGCACCAUCUAGAGUUUGGGAAAUUCCUUUUGUCUGAAGAGUCGCUGAAUAUCUACCAGAACCUCAACAGGCGACAGUCUGAGCAUGUGAUUCAUCUCAUGGACAUUGCUAUCAUUGCCACCGACCUGGCUUUGUACUUUAAGAAACGAACCAUGUUUCAGAAGAUUGUGGAUCUUUCUAAAACGUACGAAGAGGAAAAGAAAUGGGUCGAUUUUAUGUCAUUAGAGACGACACGGAAGGAGAUCGUAAUGGCUAUGAUGAUGACUGCAUGUGAUCUGUCCGCCAUCACCAAACCAUGGGAAGUGCAGAGUAAGGUGGCUCUGUGUGUCGCUGAAGAGUUUUGGGAACAGGGCGACUUGGAAAGAACUGUCCUUGAACAACAACCAAUUCCAAUGAUGGACAGAAAUAAAUCAGCUGAUCUCCCAAAGCUUCAAUGUGGUUUCAUUGAUUUUGUCUGCACAUUUGUCUACAAGGAAUUUUCACGUUUCCACCCUCAAAUCCAGCCCAUGUUGGACGGCCUCCUAAACAACAGAAAAGAAUGGAAUGCAAAAAAGGAGGAAUAUGAGGCUAAACUGAAGGCCAUUGAAGAUACGAAGGCUGCUACACAGGCUUCUGCAGCCAGCAGAGGGCCUGACAACCCUGGAGGCUCUAAAACGUGCUGUGUGUGUUAA